AUGCUCAUCCCAACACAAUCGCGACUUAUCUCGUCCCUACGCGCACUGAAUCGGAAAUGGCGCAGUCAUGCAGAAGCAGCAGGCCCUGCGCGUCGAGAGGAUCCUGUACUGGGUCGUUUGGGCGAAACUAUUCGCCAUACCUGGCAUCUAGGAGUUACGUCUUUCGGGGGCCCACCUGUUCAUUUCCAGAUCUUCUAUACCCGGUUUGUCGAGCAGGAGAAGUGGGUUGAUGAACAGACGUACCAAGAGCUGUUUGCCAUAUGCCAGGGUCUUCCAGGGCCGGCCUCUACAAAGAUGUUAUUCUGCUUAGCGUUACUCCAUGCGGGUUUUAUCCCCGCCUUGCUCGUAUUUUUCCUCUGGUGUGUCCCCGGCGCAGUCGGAAUGUAUGCCCUCUCCCUCGGCGUGCAACAAAUUGACGAAACACUCCCUGCACCGGUCUACGCCCUUCUCUCCGGCCUGAAUGCCUCAACUGUAGGCAUAAUUGCGCUUGCUGCUGUUCAACUAGCUGAAAAAGCGAUCCUUGAUAAGCUCUCCCGGAUAUUGGUAAUCUUCGGCGCAUGCGCUGGCCUCUGCUAUAGCGCACUUUGGUACUUCCCUGUCCUCAUGCUUUCUGGCGGUCUUGCCACUGCGCUAUGGGAUGGAUGGCUGUAUCAGCAGAUUGCGAGGGCAAAAAGGGCGUGGAGGGAUAGAAACCGGCAGCCUGAGCCAGAGGGUGAUACACCCAGUCUGAGGGACACGGAACCUGCAUCUGCGAGGGACUCAGGACAGGAGACGGGGACAGAGAUGUUACGAAUGAGGAAAUCUGGUACAGGGCCUUUGUCGCAGAGCCCAGCUAGUACCCCAGAUACAGUAGAAAGGGAAGUGCCCCCAUCACAGGACCACAUAAUCCGCACUCGUGUUGGGGCUGUAAUUCUUGUCUUCUUCUUUGCCUCCUUCAUCGCCAUUCUCGUUUCAAGAGCCAAGCUCUCUUACCCCCCGUUAGCUCUCGACCUUUUCGCAAAUAUGUACCUAGCCGGCACAGUGAUCUUCGGCGGCGGCCCUGUCGUCAUCCCCAUGCUCCGGUCCUACGUUGUAGAUCCCGGCUGGGUUUCAAGUCGCGACUUCCUAAUCGGCCUAGCUAUAAUCCAAGCCUUCCCCGGCCCAAAUUUCAACUUUGCCGUCUUUCUUGGAGCACUCGCCCUCCGGACAACACCAUACCCGACUAUCUUCGGAGCAUUUCUCGGUGGCCUCGGGAUUUUCUUCCCCGGAAUCACGCUUGCUGUCGCGAUUCAGUCCUUCUGGCGUGUCUUGCGGAAGCAGACGUAUGUUCUCAAUUUCCUGCGCGGCGUGAAUGCAGCUGCUGUAGGAUUGGUCUUUACGGCAGUAUACCGGCUUUGGGAAAUUGGGUAUUUGGCUCCGUCGGAACAAGACGGGCAGAGUCUGGCUAAAGAGCCCUGGUGGGUUGUUAUUACUGCUGUUACUUAUGCCGAGAGUGCCUGGUUUAAGGUCCCCCCUGCAGUGGCGAUUUUGAUAGGUGCCGUGCUUGGAUUGUGUUGGUAUGGUGUUGUUAAACCUGCUUGGUGA